AACGCGGCGCACCGUUAGAGGGCGCAGGUGCAGAAAAAACGUUCAAGAAGCGAUCGGGAACAAACAAAAAGCGGUACACCACGAAAAGCCUGCUAUUAAAGGUUGAGAAGUAAUUCAGAGUACUUAGUUAACAAGGUGAUCUAUGAUCUGAGGCUGGCUUUGCUGGAGAGUCCUGCCCCGACAAAGUAGAGAUGGCUCUGGUAAAAUCAGAUGAGAAAGCCAUGGUUCCUCUGACUUCCAAACCAGCAUGGGAACAAGAAAAGAAGCCAGACAAAAGAAAAGUACUUGAUGAAGAGGUGUUUGUUAGUGACCUGGAAAAAAUCAUCCAGCGUGACUUCUUUCCUGACUUGAAGAAGUUGAAGGCUCAGCAUGAAUACAUGGAAGCCAUGCAGAGGAAUGAUCUUGAGAAGAUGAGAGAGCUAGCCAUCAAGUAUGCCUCCACCUGCAGAACAUCAAGACCUGGAACAUCUACGAUAACUCCCAUGCAAGAAAGAGAGCAAACUCCAUCAACAUUUGAAACCCCUGUACCAGGACAGUUUGCAAGUGAUACCCCAAGGACUGCAAAUACUGACUACAAGAAUGAGGAUUUACCGUCAAUAGACACCGAUUUGACAAAACUUGAGGAGAAAUCCGAUAGUGAUACAUCGUUGGGCCUGGACAAAUACCUGACCAAGUACACCAGCGAAGACAACGCGUCGUUCCGAGACAUCAUGGCCAGGUCUGAGGAGAAGCAUCGACAGAAGCACGCCUGGCUGUAUGAAGCAGAGCUGAUCCAUGCGGCUGAGACGGAGGAUAUGCUGAAGUUGAAGAGCUCUGAACAGCUAGCCAUUGAUUCCAGGAGCAAUAGAUUGAAUACCUGGAAAUACGAGGCAAAGAAUGCACUCAUGUAUGUGCCCGAAGGUGUGGAAGCAAGUCUUGCAGAGAAAUUAAUGCAAAAACCCGAGAAAGAGAUCGCCCACUCCAACACCCGCCUGACCUCUGACCCCUUCCCCCGACCCAGCACCGGGACCCUCCCUGGUCUAGCAGGACCAAGCCGACAGGAUGGGAGGGUAGGAGCAGAUGGUAAAGAGUUGACCCCAUCGGACGGUCCCAAGGUCAAUGGCUAUGGUUUUGUGGCUACUCCAUCCCCUGCUCCAGGUGUGAAUGAAUCUCCUAUGAUGACUUGGGGUGAGAUAGAAGGAACGCCAUUCAGGUUAGAUGGUGGCGACACACCUGUUCAAAUGGUUAGAGGGCCACAGUUCAAGAUGCCUGGUGUUCCAAGGAAAGAGAAGCUUGGUUUAUCACUGGUUGAUAAGGUGACCAAGAAGAACAGAGCUAAGAAAGAAGAAGCCUUACGAAGAGUCACCAAAAACCUUGUCAGCCCAUCUCCAAGCCGUUUUGGUUCUGCAAGUCCCAUGGAACGGAUACGAACGCUGUCAUCAGCUGCGCAGAAACUCGUCCAAAGAAGCGUGGGUCAAACGGACAAAGCACUCAGGGCAAGCUACACACCGUCUCCGCAACGCUCUGUUGGUAGUAGGACACCCUCUCUCGGUGGAACACCCAACAGGACGCCUGGACUGACCCCAGGGAAGUCACCGGCUUCAAGGCGCGCUCAGUCGGUCACUGCGAGUCCCGCUUCCACAAGAACUCCAGUGGAACCGCCAAGUUUGACAGACAAUCUCCUCAAUCUACCAAAGAGAACUGCUCCUCAAAGACAGAAGGCUACUGAUUUUUUCUGAUAUUUUGUUUAAUAUGCAACAAUUAAUUAACUUUAUUUGCAUCUCUGGAGAUCCGAAAGACCCCAGGGAAGUCACCGGCUUCAAGGCGCGCUCAGUCGGUCACUGCAAGUCCUGCCUCCACAAGGACUCCAGUGGAACCGCCAAGUUUGACAGACAAUCUCCUCAAUCUACCAAAGAGAACUGCUCCUCAAAGACAGAAGGCUACUGAUUUUUUCUGAUAUUUUGUUUAAUAUGCAACAAUUAAUUAACUUUAUUUGCAUCUCUGGAGAUCCGAAAGACCCCAGGGAAGUCACCGGCUUCAAGGCGCGCUCAGUCGGUCACUGCAAGUCCUGCCUCCACAAGGACUCCAGUGGAACCGCCAAGUUUGACAGACAAUCUCCUCAAUCUACCAAAGAGAACUGCUCCUCAAAGACAGAAGGCUACUGAUUUUUUCUGAUAUUUUGUUGAAUAUUCAACAAUUAAUUAACUUUAUUUGCAUCUCUGGAGAUCCGAAGGCAAGAAAAGAAAAAAAGACUCUUUGUCCUGGUGUGGAAGUGGAUCAUCAGACAGGCUGUGACCAAUGCUGGGUCAAAGACUAAAACUACAUAUAUGUCAACUCGCCCACGCAUGCAGUGCAUGUGUAGCGAGAAAUCACUCUUUGAUAGAGUGUAUAUAUUUUAUAGCACUCAUUAUUUGUCUAAUGCAAACAAAUGUAUCACUGCUUGUGCAACAAAACCAUGCAUCUAAAGAAAGGUAUCACGUUUAGAAGAGAGAAUACGUAUUGCGGGAAUAAUCCUGUUAUCCAAUGGAUGAUUUCAAGUUCUGUCUUGACCUUUUGGGGUGGUGUUUGGCCAAUGAUUACUUCAGUACAGCACCAAUUUUAAUUAGUAGUAUGCCCUGGGAUGUAUCUCAUUUGAUGUUGAGCUAUCAAGAAUUGGAUUUAAAUCAAUUUUGUAAAACUCAUCUUCUCCCCCUCCUCCUCCUACUUCUCUUCUUUUUCUUCUUCACUAAAUGAGAUACCAAAUUAUUUCUUCUUAAAUCGUAUGGGGAUCGGGCUUUCCAAAAAGCUGCACAAGCACAAUGGAAUUCUCUACCACCGACAUUACAUAAUUUUACCCAGCUUGCGAAAUUCAAAGUACAAUUAAAAACCCACCUCUUUCAGAAUGUUUAACUUAGUUACAUGUAGCUUCAAUCCAUUUUUUAAUAUUCUUUGAUGUUAUGUACAAUUAUUUGAUGUCUAUUUUAUAAAGGACAAGUCCACCCCAACAAAAAGUUGAUUUGAAUAAAAAGAGAAAAAUCUAACAAGCAUAACACUGAAAAUUUGACCAAAAUCGGAUGUAAAAUAAGAAAGUUAUGGCAUUUUAAAAUUUCGCUUAAUUUCACAAAAUAGUUAUAUGCACAUCCUGGUUGGUAUGCAAAUGAGGAGACUGAUGAUGUCAUCCACUCACUAUUUCUUUUGUAUUUUAUUAUAUGAAAUAUGAAAUAUUCAAAUUUUCUCCUCAUUGUCAAGUGAAACAACGAUUAAUUCCUCCUCAACAUGUGGAAUUAGUAUUCUUCUAUACUAUAUGGUUCAGCCAAGUUGGUCCUUCUUGUCAAAUAUGAAAAAAUGAUAUAUUGUAUAAUUCAAACAAUAAAAAACAAAAGAAACAGUGAGUGAGUGACAUCAUCACCUCUCUCAUUCGCAUAUCACUGAGUUGAGCAUAGAACUGUUUUGUGAAAAAUAAACGAAACUUCAAGAUGUCAUAACUUUCUUAUUUUAAAUCCGAUUUUGAUGAAAUUUUUAGCGUUAUGCUAGUUUGAUUUUUCUCUAUUUAUUCAAAUAAAUUUUUUUUUUUGGGUUGGACUUGACCUUUAAAUUUACAAUUCUAACCGCACUUUCUGCUUUCCUCACGCAUAGAGACCUGUAGGUGUUAUGCUUAUGAAGAACUGUACUACAGUAUUAUUAUUAUUAUUUAUUUAAGUUAUAGCAGGACUGAAUUCUUUAACCCUAAUCAAAUAUUGACGAAAAUUAUUAACUUUGCACUCAGAUGCUUGUUUUCAAUAUGAAUUUCAAUUUUAGAAAGGUUUGAAUUCAACUUAGCUGAAUAGGGAUAAUCAAAAUUGAUGGAGGAUGAAUGACACCCCAAAACGGGGGAUGUUUCAUCAUUAUUUUUUCCCUGGCAACUGUCGGCAAAUGACCAAAUUAAAGAUUGUUGACUGGUUGAGAAGCACUGACUUCUUAUUUAUUGUUAGUUACUAUUUCAAGUAUCAGAGCAGGGGCAGAUCCAGGAUUUUCCAAAGGGUGGGGGAGGCAUUUUUGUACUGGAAAAAUUUGCCAAGCUUAAAAAAAAUCACCCCAAAAUGGGGGUCUCUUUGUUCCAGGAAAUAUUUUACAAGGGAAAAAAAGUCCUCACUUGCUAAUGCUUGGCAUAUCCCCUCAAAAAUUUUGUGGGUGCCCCUCAAAGGGAGGGGGGCAUGUGCCGCCACUGUAUCAGAGAAUGACUAAUUUUUGGUGCUGAAAACUAUCAUGAAAAUAUCGCCUGGUCUUCAGUUUUGUUUUAAAAAUCAUGUGUAAUUUAGAAAACAUAUACCAUGAAUUACCACGUUUUUGCAAUCUUUAUGGCCACUGACAUAAAACAAACUAUGUUGAGUUGCAAAGCAAGGUCUCUCUGAUUUGUAAAAAUUGCUUUUUUGCCUUUAACAAACUAGAAUUCUUCCUCAUCGUGCUGUCAAAAUAUUAAGUCUUAAAAUUCAUCCAAAUGUAGAUCAAGCCAUUUGUAAAGAGACACUAUUUUUCAACUGCCGAGAAUUUCAUACAAAUUUGAAACAGGGUGCACAUAUAUGUGAGUCAACAUAAAUUUUAAACCGUUAUAUUUGUGCUUUUUUAAUCUUUCCCUAAAGUUCUGUGUUAAAUGAAGUAAUGAUAUUGAUUUUUUGGAAGUCACAUUUUGUCUCAGAAACAUUUGUAGAAAAGGAGUUAUAGAAUGUAUGCUGAUAUUGAAUUCUAAUCAGGUUAUGGUAUAUGGGACUAAUUGAAAGCUUUCCGAAUACAUGUAAUUGCACACCAGUGCACCAGUGAUUUGAAAGGUAUUGAAUUGAUAUCGGGUUGCAGUAAUAUCAUAAAUCACCCUGCUCUUAUCCAUGCCGCAUUAACUUGAAUCUCAUUGCCUCACCACAUUACUUAGUUUUUGAGCAGUACCAUCAUAAAAAUUUCAGUGGUUGUUUCUUUGAUGCUGUUGCCAUUUCUGAAUAGAUUUUGCCCAAUAAAUUCCUCUUAUAUAUGAAAUAAUUAA